ACAACAUCACAGCAGGCUGGCAAAAGCGUGGGGAGAUGCUGUGUCGCCAUUGCCCGUAUAUACAAAGGAAAUUCCGUCACAAGCGCUGAUGCACCCCCGAGGCAGCUUACAUUAAAAGCGUUUCGAUCGACCGCGGGGCAAGGACUUUUGUUGCGCAUUGUUAAAAGCAUCAGUUGGAUGAACGUAGUAGAAUCAAGCUCCUGCUGCACAAGAAAUAAGUGUGUAUGAGUGUUUGAGAAGUACAAACUGCUACAGAAUCGCAAAGAAGAAGGAGAAGAAAAGGAUGCGAAACUUUCUACCCUGUGCGGCGGGGGCCCGCACUUACGUCAUCCUGUGUUGGUGACGGUGAAAUUUUUGAGCUUACAAGCACCCCCGAAUAGAGUGGCAAAACUAGCUCUAGCGUGUAUCGCGUUCUGCAACCGGACAGGACGAUUGAGUUGAAUGUGUGACAAGAAAGGCCCGGGAAACCAUAGUGCUCCUCCCACAACGGCAACAUACGGCAGCGAGCUUGGCACGUGCGACCAUAUGUUAGCAUUCCACUCGAGGUCAGAUUAUUUGAACAAAUUGACGGGACAACGCACUCACAAAAGAACACAAACAUCACCCAACUGCAGAAACCCAUAAUCAAACGAAAGGAAUCAGGACAAUCGGCAACCGUCCGUCUGCCUAGUGAUGUGGAAGUGUUCGCACAAGUAGUGGUGCAUAUGCGUUUUUCGAAUGAACCAGAAAAAGUGUUCGUGUGAGUGCAGCAGUGUAUGAGUAAAUGUUAAUUGGUGCUAGGUGUGAGAUCAAUAGUGACGAAAGUGGCGGUGUGUGUGGCAGUGAAAACUGUACGUGAAAUUGUGAAAACUACCUCCCCACGCACUUGCGCUGGUGGUACGCACGCGGGUAGUUGAACGAGCAAAAAUUGGCUACCGGAGAGAGAGAUCAUUGUUGCACUACAGUACAGUUGGCGAGAGUGGCUGGAUAUAGGGCUGGGAGGCGCCGGCACAGCUUCACCCGCCAGCGCAACGUCAACGAACCGUGAAGCACAGAGCACAUCAUCGUGGAGAGAUUCGGUCGUGAUUGGUGCCACACAUAAGAACGAACAACAGGCGUACAAGCACACACAUCUCAGUCGACGGUGGGUUUGCGUGUGCACGCAGCAGCAGUAGCAGCACCAGCGCCACGAUGAGUACGGAACAUCCGGCAGCGAGUGAGCUGCUGGCCAAUGCUACCGCUGCCACGGUCGCCGCCGUCAGCGGCAGCACGGCCAAGGCGAACAUUGCCGUGCGCGUCACGGAGGCAGCCCCGGCGGCGGCGCUGGCGAUCGAUCCGAUCAUCAACCACGUCGGGGACGGCAUCUUCCUGCAGGCCAAGACGGCCCAGAUCUUUGCAGGGAUUUGCGUCUGGAUGGCACUGUUCAUCACUUGCCAGCAGAUCUAUCAGCACCUGCGAUGGUACACGAACCCACAGGAACAGCGAUGGAUCGUCCGAAUACUGUUCAUCGUGCCGAUCUAUGCCACGUACUCCUGGGUCAGCUUACUGUUCUUCAACUCGGAAAGCGUUUACGUAUACUUCUUCACCGUGCGCGAUUGCUACGAAGCGUUCGUAAUCUACAACUUCCUUUCGCUGUGUUACGAGUACCUGGGCGGCGAGGGCAACAUUAUGUCGGAGAUCCGCGGCAAGCCGAUCAAAUCGUCCUGCCUGUACGGUACGUGCUGCCUGGCGGGCAAAACCUACACGAUCGGAUUCCUGCGCUUCUGCAAGCAGGCGACGCUGCAGUUCUGCCUGGUCAAGCCACUGAUGGCGUUCAUCAUCAUCUUCCUGCAGGCGUUCAACCACUACCACGAUGGCGAUUGGAGUGCUGAUGGAGGCUACAUUUACAUCACCGUCAUCUACAACAUCUCGGUCUCGCUGGCACUGUACGGGCUGUAUCUGUUCUACUUCGCCACCCGCGACCUGCUGACGCCCUUCGAUCCCGUGCUGAAGUUCUGCACCGUCAAAUCCGUUAUCUUCCUGUCCUUCUGGCAAGGCGUGGGACUGGCCAUUCUGGAAAAGGCGGAGGUCAUUUCGCCGAUCGUCGAUGCGGGUGGUUCGACCACGUCCGCCGGUACGGUGUCCGCCGGCUAUCAGAACUUUUUCAUCUGCAUCGAAAUGCUGUUCGCGGCCAUCGCGCUGCGGUACGCUUUCCCGUACCAGGUGUACGCCCAAAGCUGCAUGACCGAUGCGCACGGUCGAUCCGUCACGAUGCAAUCAAUUUCAAGCAGUUUAAAGGAAACUAUGAACCCGAAAGAUAUUAUGACCGACGCGAUACACAACUUCCACCCGCAGUAUCAACAGUACACUCAGUACAGCUCAGGCGGUAAAAACCCGCGCGGUAUUCGUGUGUCCUCGUACGAUCCGGACGAUCCGAGCCAUCAGCUGACGGGACACGGUCAGCAGGGACACGGUGUCGGUAGCGGUGCAACGACCGGCUCGUACAAUGGCAAUGGUGCCAGCGGCAACGGUAGCGGUGGACACGGUGGAAGCUACAUUGCCCCACCGACGCUUGGCAGCCAGCGGAAGUUUAUGCCCGGCGCGAGUGUCGUGCCCCAGAAGGUGUCAACCAUCAGUCAGAAUUACAAUGAGAAAACGAUGCUACUGUCCAGCGAUGACGAGUAUCAGUAAGCCUGACCAUACUAGCACCAAUGCUGAGCAGGGAUAUGAGGGUGUUUCAUGGUGGCAAACCACCAUUGUAGUGCUCUUGUUCGAUUAAUUUCCCUCCUCCUUCCAGGGUGAGGAGCACAGGAGCUCGUUUCGGUGUUCGGUGCGCGCCUCUUGGUAGUGUCGUUUGCCGCCGUACGUGUGUGUGUGUGUGCACGCCAACAUAGAGAGCGAGCGCAUGUUCUUUUUUGUAACAUUAUCGUUAGUGUAACAUACACCUGUAUUCGUUAAUGUCUGCAGCUCUAAAUGGCACAUGUAUCGGUUUUAAUUUUAAAUGUAAUGGCAUUUUUCCUUCACCUCUGUAAAUGAGAUGAGCAAGAAAAAAAAAACGGUACCGGGUUUGGAGGUAAAAACUGAGCAAAUCACUUCACGCUUAGCAAACACCCCACUGCGUGUGCAUUCAAAUCAAAAUUCAAUAAGCAUAGACCUAAUCUGCGUACCUAGCACACACCAUACAUAACUGCUCCAUCACAACCAGUACUGAACAAAACGCAGGCAGCAAUUGUAGUAGUGGGAACAGUAAAACCAAAAAAAAAAAACAAUCUCUUAAGCAGAGGAAAUGGCAAGAUAAUGGGUAAAACAGUACAGCACAGAAGUGGAACAGUUGAAAGGAAACCGAAAUACAGUACAAUAAUCCUGCCAUUUUUGUGACACUACAGAACACACUACUGACACACAACCUGUACUUUAUCCAGUAAAGGGAAGAGUGACGUGUAAAGGGAGUGCUAUUCUCCCCCCUGGUUCUCUAAACGAUUCCGUCAAAGUGGCAUCAAUACUGAAAUCUACUGUUCUAUACUAUAGCGGAGAGGUAAAGCCAAAUUCGUAGCGUAAAUGUCAAUAAUUCUUUAAGUGUGUGUUUUUCAUUUAAACAAAUCAUACGGAAUUAAUGGUUCUCAACGAUAGAGCGAGAGAGAUAGAGAAAGAAUAGUAGGCAAAUGCGCGUGGCAACGAUGGAGGGAAUGAUCCGCAAAGCUUUAAGUGAAGGAAACCAUUCAUUCAUCAGCCCAUCCAUCACCAUCACGACCCAUCCGUGUAUCGUGCAACUUGCAGCAUGCUAAUCAGGCCAAAACUUUGCGAUCUAAUCGAUGUUUAUGUGGUUGUAACUCCCUCUGGCCCUCUGGCGCAGGCAGCAGCGAGGCGCAGGGUGCGUGCUAGCUGUCGGCACUUGCCUCUUAAGAAUAUCCUCGCUCGCAACUGCUACAGCAGCAUGGGCAAAAUUGUUGUUAACAUAUACAAAGGAAAUAUGGACAGUGUAGUGGAAAAUAGAAAAAAAAGCAGGAUGCUUUUCGAGUUCAUGAGCGAAUAAGCAAAAGAGAAUUAAAUGCAACGGAAAGGAGCGGAUAAAUACUUUUAAAAGAACCACAACAACCAUAAAACAAAAACUAACUGAAUGGGGAAAAAAGUACUGGUGUAGAGAAAAAAGCGGGGUGGUCUAGUUAGUGUGCUUUAUAAUAUAUACAUUAUGUAUAGUAUGCCAAAACAAGAAGGAAAUAAUGGAAGAAGGGAGUUAUGAAAAGUAGAACAAAAGAGAUGAUAAAAAAAUACACAAAACACACAAGCUGUUUCGCCGUCAAUAUGCAAAAUCUGCAAACGGUUAAACAUAGAACAGCAAAGAUAAGGAGCGAUAGUUAGAAGUGGUUAGAUGGGCUUGAACUAUUCGAUCCGUUCAAAAAUUGGAUUCGUUCAAAAAUUCUAGUUCAACUUCCCAAUCGGUGAUGCAAGGCAAAGAAGAAAAGUUAAAAAGCAUUUAAUUCUGUGCAUGUAAGCAGUGUGUAGCACACCGUGAUGAUAACAUAGGAAGUGGUGGGACAGUUGUAAUGGGGAGCAAAACGUAUGUAACGGGAACGCGGGGAGUGGUGAAGUGGGUACCAACCGGGCCCGUAAGGAACGAACCUGUGUGCGUGUGUGUGUGUGUAGGUACGUAUGGAUCGUAUGGAAAGCGAUUCACACUCUAUAUAUACAUGUAUUCUUCAUUAAACACAAACAAAAGAGAAAAAGCAAACAAAGCAAAACAAAGCUAUAUCCAUAUACCAGGGGCAUGGGAGAUGAUGGGGAAACUGGAAAAUGCAUUACAAAAAGACACUCAUACACACACGCGCAUUUAUAAAUCAGUGCUGGUGGUGAGGGACAAGCUGCAGUACGCUCCCGAUUUAAAAUAAAACGGCCUGAGAUGUCACAGGUGGUGGCCACAAGCACACACGGCAGCACGACCCAAGGCUUUGGCUAGGUCAGAUAUAAAAACAAAGAGUAAUAAAACAAACAAACUGAAGAUGAACAUUUAUUGAAAGUGAAACCCGGUGACGAAACUUGCAUUCCACUGCGAUCCUAUCCGAAACGUCCGAAACCACACACACACAUACCGUUAUCGGAGGAAGUGGACUUAACUGGUUAGUUGGUUGCGUGUACUUGAUCAUACGGUGAUAACCUAGCUUCCUUGCUCUUAAAAGAGAGACCAGUCUAAUGAAUCAGAAAAUCAGGUGGAAAUGUUACUAAAACAUACACAAACACCGGGUAACACAGCACCUGAAGCAAUUCCACCGUAGGCUUCCUUGGGCGAUAACCUACCGAAGGGUGGGUAAGGAACACACGCACACCUUUCGAGGCUGUAGGACUCAAUCAACAGAGCCGAUAGAGGUAAGGUUUGUUUAACGACAUUGUUCUACACUUACAUCGAAGUCAGGCACGUGUGUGUAUUGGUUUGCACAACCCCCGUUGGGAGAUAAAAACACCCGUAUAUAAACAUGUUUCCAUCAUUCUCACUUCGACUAACGAUCGUUAUCGACCGAUACUGCCCUGAGUGAGUGUCUGUGCUCUGUGUGCUCUUGCCCGUCCGCUGUUCAUACGAAGUGCUUCUCCAGGGCCGAAACAAUCCA